GCCCUCGAUGUGGUGGAAAAAUAUGCUGGUGUCAAGACAAUCUGCUCAGCCUUCAAGCAGCUUGAGUCUUCGGAAUUUGUGGGCCCGGUUGCUGUUAGCGGGACUCAAUUUCGAAGCUCCUGUUUGUUCUACCUGGAUAUGGAUAAACAGGAGCGGCUUUGCACGCCCCUGGGCGAGGAUCAGGAGGCCACCUUGCUCGAGGGCACGUGGAACAAAACCUUGGAGUCAAAUGUGAAGAAGAAUGCCUGGUUUCUCGAGACAGUGUUGGAUUUUGAGCCGUUUUGCCGAGUCCCACCAACAAAGCAGGAAUGGGGCAUAAUCUUGGAGAACUUCAACUACGAAUCGAAAAACUUGGCGAUUCGCAAGACGGAGUACACUGUUUGGUCGAACCUUCGGCGCCUGUGGUCGAACGCCAAACAUGGCGCUCGUGAUGCAGAGAUCACGCGGCUCAAGGCCCGCAUGAAGGAUGCAAAGGAGGACGUGGAUGAUGAGCAGGCGUUGCCUGCAUCUGCGCCCUGCACGCCUGUCGGCGCGAAGAAGGAAGACAGUGAUGAAGCACCUUCUACCCCGCCCGCUCCAUGGAAGGAAAGGGUGGCCGAGGAGCCUCGAAACAGGCUGGACCCAGAUGAGGACUCCCAAGCUCCAUUUCUGCUACCAGAGAUGGAGCAGCUGUCGGACCUCCAGUUUGUGCUGCGCCAGUUUGAAGAGCAUGGACUUGAAGAUGAGAUGGCAAGCGACGCCUUUUACGAGACUUCGCACACCGCUGGCCGGGUGUGGGGCGCAGGGUGCUUGCUCAGUCGCCAGAAGGCCCUGAUGAGGGUGAUGGUGAAGAACGGCACGCUGGACAAGAUCAUGAAUGAGCUUCAUGAGAAUGCUGGUGAGAUGCCUCCGAUCCCUGAGCCGGAUUUCUUGCAAGGCAAAGAGAAGAAGCGCAAGAGUAAGCCCUUACCGGUUGCGACAAGCUCCAAGAAGAAGGCCAAAGCCGAGAAGCCCAAGAGGGCGUGCAAUUCCGGGCCAGAGGCUGCGGAACUGGCAGGACUGCCAGUGGAGGCCAAGGCGAUCCUUGAGGGCUAUGCCGGAUCCUACCAGAAGAUCAUUCUGAGCCUUCCCCGCUUGUAUUGGCCCACGUCCACCCGUGGUGGUCGCCACAGCUACACUGUGCAGGUUGGUGAGAACAAGGGGCGAAUGGAGAUCCUUCUCCGCAACCAAGCCUUCAAACCAAAAGUUCGAGAUGAUGGUUCGGCUUUGAAGUGCGGACAGAUCAGCUUCAAGACGGAUCCGCAGGCAGCCCUCGCGCAGGCCCUCGAGAAGAUCACAGGAACAACAGAGGCCUAG